CAUUGCAUAAUUCUUAUUAUGUGAAGAUCUUGGAGAGCAUUAGUCGAAUGGAAUGUGCUAUGCAAUGUAUUCUGCUACAAUCAGCGUGUGCAGGAAUCAUGUAUAACAACGAACUAUUUUCUUGUAAAGUCGUGAAGUGUUAUUUGAAUGACCGUUCCGUGAACAGUACAAAAAUGGAGGUUGGUUGGGAAAUUUGGUUCCAAAAUACAGUCUGCCCUGUCGGCUGGGUUCCUUUUGAUGGACAUUGUUAUUUCCUGAAUGAAACCAAAAGAAACUGGAACGAUGCCAAGGAACAGUGUGAACACAAUGAAGCCCACCUUGUAGAGAUAGAAACUCUAGAAGAAAAUACAUGGAUCAUGGAAACUUUUCUUUCACCUUGGAAUGAUGUUGACUGUCCAAACUGGUGGGAUUGCUGUGAUUUUUGGAUAGGAGCUACUGACAUGAACGAGGAAGGAGUGUUUACAUGGAAUCGUCGUAUCAAUGUCACUUUUACAAACUGGAACGAACUUCAACCUGAUAACCUUCUCAAUGCACACUGUGCCUUCUUUUGCCGGAACGGCCGUUGGUAUGAUGUUCUCUGUGAAGACCCAAAUACAUUCAUUUGUGAAAAAGAAUAAUACAGUUUUACUCGGUUUUGAGGAACUCGAUUACAAGUUUCAAACUCAAAUGGAUUCACAGUGCUUGUACUAUAAAUUCCUGUAAAUCUUCAUUUAAUUGUUUGGAUUUUCUUCUUUUUUAUUCUUAAAAUAUCCAAAUAAUAAAAACUGAUAAAGUC